UUCAUUUUGAAAAAGGCCAAUUGCCUGUAUGCCUUAACACCCAUUUCACUGUGGAUGUGUAUAGUCGAUGUAUCCCCAGGCGCUGUACCCUGCUGGGCAUUAUCUGACAGUGGAUUUGUUUAGCUUGGAGAGGACGCUGUUGCUCAGCUCCCAGUAAGCAUGUGGUCUGCUUUAAAGUCCAAACUCCAAGGCCUGGCUUGGCAGGUUGAUUCGAUGCCUGCUGCUGCACACACUUGGAAAGGACAGCCAUUGCUAUGCGCACAUGGCAGUCAUCUCUGUCUUUGUAGGAGAUAUUAAGCCGUAGGAACACAUACCACAGAGAGGUAGCGUGAAAACUUCCAUCACCAUUGUCAUACUCCCACAUACACACACGGGGAGAUUCUGAAUAAGGCUGUCCACACCGUUCCACUUGGUUAGUUGCAGAGGAUUUUAUUUAGGUUAUCUGCAUAACAUGCACUGGAAAGCCAUAUUGUGUUGUAACCGACACAUGCUCACCCACAUAUUUCACACCGCACUUGAAUAAACUUACAACAAGUAGUGUAGUGAAAGGGAUCAGAAUGGAACAACAUCAUAGGUUAAUAAAUAAAUCUAACAUUGUAUGUGGCACAUCUAGCCUUGAAAAGUUCCUGCCUAGAGGUCACAGUCUUCAUAACAGCACAUACAGAACAUGUCAUGUUGACCCAAGCAGGAGUUGUUGUUUUUUUGUUAACAUUUUUUUUGAAGAGAUUGUGAAAAUCCAAGGUGAUCUCUUACUCGGUGUGUUGUGGUGUAUUUAUUAACGGCCUUAGCUCAGCAACCCUGUGCUCAGCCUGGCCAGUCAGGAGUUAUGUACUAAGGUAUUGUAUUUCAAAAGGUGCUAAUGCUUUGAAUCAUGUGUGGGGAUCAGUCUUCUCAAAUCUAAAUAGUACACAUAUGCAUAAAUAAAUGCAAUCAUUUUGCACUUGGAGAAGUGUUUUAGAUCUGGCCGUCAGGACAGCUUGUCGGGGAAAUGACAUCAAAAAAACUGCUCACAAAUGCUAGUGUGUAGAGCCGCAUGGAAAAAGGAACAGUGUGUUUGGUGAGAAAGACGUCAGUUCAGCUGAUUUUACUCAGUAAAUACAGACUGAAAAAAGCUGAUGGGGUAUCUGUCAGUAACUCAGGCCUGACCCAGUACUGCUGAGUACUGUACCUGGCUUCGUGCCAGCCGUGUGUCUGAAUAUUUCCCAAUACCAUGUGCCAGCCGGUGCACAUGGCCCCUGCAUUGUGCUGUCAGGAGUUCCCUGAUAGGCCUUCUCGCUCUCCAAGAUUUCUUCUGGCUCACAGGAAGGGUUGCAUGUCUUGGACACAACCCAGCUUCCCUUAUUGGAAUUUUUUUUUCCAGGAGUCAUAGCAGGGUGACCCGACCUUGACCUGGUAAGAGGGCUUGUAUUCGCCACUGUGUAGACUGCACGGGCCUGGUCUGGUUAGGGAGCACAACGUCUGUUCUGCUCAGCUGUGGUGAUUUCUUAACGUCUGCAACUUUGUGUGCUGUUUCUGUCGGAAUAUAUUUUUAGCCUUUUGGGAAUUUGCUUCUGUGUAGUCAUCUAACUCUUUUGGAUGAUGUCGUUCCAUGAAUAAAUCAGCACGUCACUGGCAGCAGCCAACAUGAGGACACAAAAAGAUACAAUGCUGACAAUCUGUGGCGUGGGAGAAAUCCAGUACUUUGGGGGUUAAGUUGUGAAAGUUAAUGUAAUAACUGCUAGCACCAUCUGCUGGCCUACUUCCUUACAGAGAGAGAGAGAGAGAGAGAGAGAGAGAGAGGGGGAGAGUGAGAGAGAGAGUGAGUGAGCGGGAGAGAGAGAAAAAAACGAGUCUGGGUUUUAACGACAUCUCUAAUAUUCAUGCUGAUGCAUUUUGCUGCUUUGUGCUUUCAUUUUCCGCCGCUCUGCCUGCCAGAGUCUCGAGCUCGCCAUACACGCCCCAGCCAGGGAGAGUGGAGGGCAGCGAGGGAGAACGAGGAACAAGAUAAGUAGGGAAAAAGGAGGAAAAAUAACAAUCAGCCAAACAAGCGAGCGAGAUAACACAAAAGCCUUUUUUUUUUUUUUGUGCGUAAUAAAAGGAGUAACCUACCUUUUUUUCCUCCCCUGGCUGGUGAAGAGGACGAGGAGAGGCGCAAAAAAACAAGAGAAACGGGGAAAGAGGAAAGAAAGAAUUAAGAGGGACAAGGCUCAGAGAGGCACUGAGAGAGCGCACAGUCGAGGCAGGCGGAAAGAGGAAUCAAUGAGAGGGGAGGAGAGAGGAGGCAGGGGAAGGCAACUCUGACACACAGAGAGAGAGUGAGGGAGACUUGGGUGAAGCCGGACGGCAGCAGAAAGCAGCACGCAGCAGCAGAAUGAGAGCUUCCUGGACUGCCACGCACCUCCUCUACCGCCAACAGCGCUGCUCCCUCAUCACCCUGUGAAGAGACAAACGAGGGUGAGAGAGAAAGAGAGAGUGAGGGGGAGAGAGAGAGAGCUCCCAUGCGCUCCUCUUGAGCCCUGCCCGCUGGGGGAGGAGGAGACGAACAGCUCCGGCGCUCUCGCACUGCCUGAGGAGAAGAGCUGACCGGGGAAGGAGGAGGGGAGGCAAAACGAGGAGCGAGAGAGAGAGUGAGGGAGGGGAGGGGGGGACACCACGGCUCAAGGAAGACUGAGGGGAAAAACGACUGUAGAAAAAGGAAAGAGUGAGUGUAGUUUGAGUGAGCAACGGAGGGAGAAAAAGAACCCGGCGAAAGGGCAAGGCUUUUGUUAGCCGGUUGGAGAGGGGGAGGAAAGAGGAAGGAAAAAAAAAAACAAAAAAAAAAACACACCAUGUCUACAGUGAAGAGGCCAAGAGGAAGGCCUCGAAAGAACGCUAAUGGUCCCGGUGGUCAGGUGCGGGUCCUCAGUCCCCCAAUGAAGAGCAGCUCAUCGUCCUCCUCCUCUUCCUCUUCGUCUUCAUCCUCAUCCAGCUCCUCGUCGGAGAAGAGGGUGCCACGAAGGACGCAUCAUCCGAUGGAGUCAACUCCGCAAGACAAGCAGGAGAAAGCCAAUAGGAUAAUAUCAGAGGCUAUUGCCAAGGCCCGGCAGCGAGGGGAGAAAAACAUCCCUCGAGUUAUGAGUCCGGAGAGCUUCCCCAGCUCUUCGUCACAGUAUAAGAGCCAUCGGGACCGCGAGCACAAAGGAAACGGCAAGGCACGGCCCAAAGAGAAGGCCUGUAGGAAGUCCUGCAUUGUGCCCUCCUCCAAGUCCAAGCAGAAGGCCAAGAUCGGGAAAAUUGUCAUCAAGAUCGGAAAGAAGAAAAAGCGAAAGCCAGACUCUUCAGAGGAGUCAGAUGAUGACCCUCCCCCUCGACACACUCCUAAAGAUGACGACUCUAAGAGGCGUUCGAAUCGCCAGGUGAAGAGGAAGAAGUAUGCUGAAGAGCUGGAGGCCAGGUUGUCAGACGAGGAAGUCAAGGUUAUUGUCAAAGCCAAGAAAUCCAACACUGCAGCAUCCAAGGAACCUGCUGUUCAACUCUUUGUAGAGAAUCCCACUGAAGAGGAUGCUGCCAUUGUUGACAAAAUCAUGUCUUCACGUAUUGUUAAGAAAGAGGUUUCUCCAGGAGUGGUGGUUGAAGUGGAGGAGUUUUUUGUAAAAUACAAGAACUACUCCUAUCUACACUGUGAGUGGGCCACAGAGCAACAGCUGGAGAAGGACAAGAGGAUUCAGCAGAAGAUCAAACGCUUCAAGAUGAAACAAGCACAGAGGGCACUCUUCUUCGCAGAUAUGGAAGAGGACCCAUUUAACCCUGACUAUGUAGAGGUAGACAGAGUGCUGGAGGUGUCGUAUUGUGAGGACAAAGACACUGGAGAGGAAGUGGUGUACUACCUGGUGAAGUGGUGCUCUCUGCCUUAUGAGGACAGCACCUGGGAGCUGAAGGACGACGUAGAUCAGAGCAAGAUUGAAGAGUUUGAGCAGCUGCAGGCAGCCAAGCCAGACUCGCGCAGGAUGGAGCGGCCUCCAGCUAAUCUGUGGAAGAAGAGGGAACAGUCGAGGGAAUACAGGAAUGGCAACAGCCUCAGGGACUACCAGCUGGAGGGGGUCAACUGGCUCCUGUUCAACUGGUACAACAGACGUAACUGCAUCCUGGCCGAUGAGAUGGGACUGGGAAAGACCAUCCAGUCCAUCACAUUCCUCGAAGAGAUCUAUCGCGUAGGCAUUAAGGCGCCCUUUCUCAUCAUUGCCCCGCUCUCCACCAUUGCCAACUGGGAGCGUGAGUUUCGUACUUGGACCCACCUCAAUGUCAUCGUCUACCACGGAAGCAUGGUCAGCAGGCAGAUGCUUCAGCAGUAUGAGAUGUAUUUCAGGGAUGCACAGGGUCGUGCGAUACGAGGUGCCUACAGGUUCCAGGCUGUUAUCACCACAUUUGAGAUGAUCCUGGGAGGUUGCCCCGAACUCAACGCCAUAGAGUGGCGCUGCGUUAUCAUCGAUGAGGCCCAUCGACUCAAGAACAAGAACUGCAAGCUGCUAGAGGGGUUCAAACUCAUGAGCCUGGAGCACAAAGUCCUGCUGACGGGUACUCCUCUCCAGAACACAGUGGAGGAGCUGUUCAGCCUGCUCCACUUCCUGGAACCGGCACGCUUCCCCUCCGAAAACACCUUCAUGCAGGAGUUUGGAGACCUCAAGACUGAGGAGCAGGUACAGAAGCUUCAGGGUAUCCUGAAGCCCAUGAUGCUGCGUCGUUUGAAGGAGGAUGUGGAGAAGAAGUUGGCUCCUAAAGAAGAAACCAUCAUUGAGGUUGAGCUCACCAACAUUCAGAAGAAGUACUAUCGCGCCAUCCUAGAGAAGAAUUUCUCUUUCCUGGCUAAAGGAGCUGGCCAAGCAAAUAUGCCCAAUCUGGUUAACACCAUGAUGGAGCUGAGAAAGUGCUGCAACCAUCCCUACCUCAUCAAAGGGGCAGAAGAGAAGAUCCUUGAGGACUUCAGGGAAGUGCACAGCCCCACUGCCAUUGACUUUCACCUGCAGGCUAUGGUACAGUCUGCUGGGAAACUGGUCCUUAUUGACAAAUUGCUGCCUAAGAUGAAGGCAGGAGGGCAUAAAGUGCUCAUCUUCUCCCAGAUGGUGCGCUGUCUGGACAUCUUGGAAGACUACCUCAUUCAGAGAAGGUACUUGUAUGAGCGGAUUGACGGACGUGUUCGUGGGAAUCUGCGACAGGCUGCUAUCGACCGCUUCAGUAAGCCCGACUCAGACCGCUUUGUAUUCCUGCUGUGUACAAGAGCUGGUGGCCUUGGGAUCAACCUCACCGCAGCAGACACCUGCAUCAUCUUUGACUCUGACUGGAACCCACAGAACGACCUGCAGGCCCAGGCUCGCUGCCAUCGAAUCGGUCAGAACAAGGCAGUGAAGGUGUACCGUCUGAUCACCAGGAACUCAUACGAGCGAGAAAUGUUCGAUCGCGCCAGCCUCAAGCUGGGCCUGGACAAAGCAGUGUUGCAGAGCAUGAGUGGCCGAGAUAACAGCCUGGGAGGAGGCACCGGGGGAGGGGCUGUACAGCAGCAGCUGUCCAAGAAGGAGAUCGAGGAUCUGUUGAGACGUGGCGCAUAUGGGGCCAUCAUGGAUGAAGAGGAUGAGGGUGCCAAAUUCUGUGAGGAGGACAUCGACCAAAUCCUUCAGCGCAGGACAAAGACCAUCACCAUCGAGUCUGAGGGACGGGGAUCUACUUUUGCUAAGGCCAGUUUUGUAGCAUCUGGAAAUCGCACAGACAUUUCUCUGGAUGACCCUAAUUUCUGGGACAAGUGGGCCAAAAAGGCUGACAUUGAUAUGGAUAUGGUCAAUGGCAGAAACAGCCUGGUGAUAGACACUCCUCGUGUCAGAAAGCAAACGAGGCCGUUCAGUGCCACCAAGGAUGAGCUCGCGGAGCUUUCGGAGGGUGAAAGUGACAACGAUGAAUCCAAACCUAAGCUCAGGCGAAACCAUGAUCGCCUCAACAGCUACGGCCGAACGGAGUGCUUCAGAGUCGAGAAGAACUUGCUUGUAUAUGGAUGGGGUCGUUGGAAGGAUAUUCUCAACCAUGGCCGCUUUAAGAAGCAGUUGACUGAGUGGGAUGUAGAGUCCAUCUGCAGAGCCCUGCUGUCAUACUGCCUGGUCCAUUACCGUGGAGAUGAUAAAAUCAAGAGCUUCAUGUGGGACCUCAUCGCCCCGACUGAGGACGGACGCACAAAGGAGCUGCAGAAUCACCUGGGCUUGUCUGCCCCAGUGCCUCGGGGCAGAAAGGGUAAGAAGAUGAAAACCCAGUCGAGCUCUUUCGACAUCCACAAGGCCGAGUGGCUUAGGAAGCACAACCCAGAGCACAUGCUUCAGGACGACGGCUACAAAAAGCACCUGAAACACCACUGCAACAAGGUGCUGCUCAGGGUCAGAAUGCUCUACUACCUGAAACAAGAGGUGAUAGGAAGCCAGGCCCAGACGGUGCUAGAUGGCAUCGACUCCAGUGAGAUAAAGAUCUGGGUGCCGGAGCCGGACCAUUCAGAGCUGCCUGCUCUGUGGUGGGAUGCAAUCUCGGACAAAUGUCUGCUGCUGGGUGUCUAUAAGCAUGGUUAUGAGAAGUACAACACUAUUCGUGCAGACCCUACCCUGUGCUUCCUAGACCGUGUGGGACGACCGGACGACAAAGCCAUCGCUGCCGAACAGAGAGGCAAUGACUUCAUGGAUGGGGAUGUGGAUGAUCCUGAAUACAAGCCUGCUCCAGCCCUGCUGAAGGACGACAUGGAGGAUGACGCCUCUUCUCCUGGAGACCUGGUUGUCACUGACAAUGCUGGAGAUGCAGUUCCAGUGACGGAGGGUGAAUCUGCCUUCUGGCCCUCCCCCUCAGUGCUCACAGCCAGACUGAGGCGUCUGAUCACAGCUUCCCAGCGAUACACUAAGAGCCGGCAGAUCCUGCACAUCCACCAGGCUCAGUCUCAGUCCCAGCAGACCAUGAUACUGGCUGCCCCACUCUGCCCGCUGCCCCCCACACUCAACGACACCCUCAACCCCAAGAUGGCUGCUAAGAUUGAACGCCAACAAAGGUGGACCAGGCGCGAAGAGGCUGACUUCUAUCGUGUUGUCUCCACUUUCGGUGUCGUCUUUGACCCAACCCUUGGGCGGUUUGACUGGACCAAGUUCAGGGCCAUGGCUCGGCUGCACAAGAAGACUGAUGAGAGCCUGCAGAAAUACCUGUGUUCUUUCACCGCCAUGUGCCGACGGGUGUGUCGACUUCCACCCAAGGAAGGAGAUUGUGCAGUGGACCCUUCUCUGACCAUCCAGCCCAUCACAGAGGAGCGAGCGUCGCGAACCCUGUACAGGGUGGAGUUGCUUCGCCAGGUGCGGGAACAAGUCCUUCGACAUCAGUUGCUCUAUGAGCGCCUGCCGCUGUGCCAGAUGAGCUCUGACUUACCUGUCUGGUGGGAAGCUGGUACUCAUGACCGUGACCUGCUAAUCGGUGCUGCGAAGCACGGCGUCAGCCGCACUGAUUACCACAUUCUGAGAGACCCUGAGCUCAGCUUUAUGGCUGCUCAAAGCAAUUACAGCCAAACAAAAGCUGCACAGCAGCAGCAACCGCGUACAUCCACCCCACUCCUACACCCUCAGUACCAGGCUGCCAGCUCAAUGUUGACGGGCUCUCCUCUGCCCCCACCUGCCCAGAGAGACACAGAUCCCUGUGGGAUUGUGCCCAAAGUGGAACCAACCUCAGAGGCGGAGGAGGGCAAGGAGAGGCAGGGAGAGAGUUGGAGCCCCCCUCAGGCGCCAGCUACUCCCACAGGUCUGGAAGAGAAGCCUGUUCCAGUGGCAAGAGACAAUGAGAGGCAGAUGGUGGCAGCACGAACCAAACCCCUCACACCUAACUCCUCAGAGAGGAAACCCAAGAAGGCCAGCAAGAGGGGCCGCAGGGAGGCCAGGCAUGGCUCAGUGUCCGACUCAGAUGGCUCCUCCUCAAGCUCUUCAUCACGCUCCUCUUCCUCUUCUUCAUCAUCCUCUUCUUCCUCAUCACAUUCCGGGUCCAGCUCCUCCUCCUCUUCAUCAUCCUGCUCCUCUGGCUCUUCAUCGUCCUCCUCCUCUUCCUCCUCUUCCUCUGAUGACAGUGACAGUGAGGGAGAGGAAGGGAAGAAGAAAGUGCCUGCAGCAACCAGUGUAAAGGGCUUUGAUGAGGACAGUGUGGCAUCUCUGAGCACAACACAGGAUGAGACACAAGACACCCAUGUAGCUGAGAAUGGCAUCGCCAACAACUCCUCUCAUCCUUUCCAGGGAGGAGGAUACAUGCUCGCUGCAUCCUACUGGCCAAAGGAUCGCGUGAUUAUCAACCGCCUGGACAGCAUCUGCCAGGCAGUGCUCAAGGGCAAGUGGCCCGGAACACGUCGGGUCUACGAACCUGGAGGUGCAGUAGCCUCCUUUUACACCACCAAGCUGCUGGACAACGCCAACAGCCUCAGCGAGGACCCCUCUGCCUCACCACAGGGGUCAAAGGUGACCAAGCAUGUUGCAGAAAACAAGGAGUUCUCAGUAAAACUGAACGAUCAGGAGGGAGGUCUGAAGCUGACCUUCCAGAAGCAGGGUCUACCUCUGAAGAGGCCCCUGGAGUCUGAGGAAGGCCCCCAGGCCCAGCAGCAGUACCUGGCCCGGCUUCAUGAGCUGCAAAGUGCGUCAGACACAGGCCUGGCUGACAUCACCAAGCCUCAGUGCAGCUUCCAGACUGCUCCUCCAGGUCUUACAGGCCAGAUGAGGCUGAAUGGAGUCCUGGACGGCCAGCCAGUGGUUAAGAGGCGGAGAGGGAGGAGGAAGAACGUGGAGGGAGUGGACCUCCUCUUCAUGAACAAGAGUCGAGUCCCUGCUGUUCCUGAUCAGAUGCCUCCAGGGUGGGGGGGUAUUGGCCAGGUGGGCAUGGCUGUUCCUGGCUAUAGCCAGAGCUCCAGUCAGGUCCCCGGAGACACUGAGACCAGAGUCCCUGUUAUCAACCUCAAAGAUGGCACCCGGCUUGCCGGGGACGACGCUCCCAGGAGGAAAGACCUGGAACAGUGGCUAAAAGAGCACCCUGGCUUUGUGGCAGACACAGGAGCCUUCAUUUGUGGGGUAAAUAAAAUGCAAAUGCAGUUCCACUUCCAGGACGGUCGGCCCAAGCAAAAAAGGCAUCGCUGCAGGAACCCCAACAAGAUCGAUGUCAACAGUCUGACAGGAGAGGAGAGGGUCCAGAUCAUCAACAGGAGAAACGCACGCAAGGUUGGUGGAGCCUUCGCUCCCCCUUUGAAGGAUCUGUGUCGCUUCCUUCAGGAGAACCCUGAGUACGGAGUCCCACCUGAAUGGGCUGAUGUGGUUAAACAGUCGGGUUACCUCCCAGAGAGCAUGUUCGACAGGAUCCUGACGGGGCCCAUCGUUCCUGAGGAGGUGAGCCGGCGAGGACGUCGACCUAAGAAUCCUUUGGCCAAGGCGGCAGCAGCAGCGGCAGCACCCAACCAAGCAGCCUCUGCCCUGGGGUUGAACCCCCUGCUGGCCAACGGUCUCCUCUCCGGAAUGGACCUCACCAGUCUGCAGGCCUUCCAGCAAAACCUCCAGAGUUUACAGUCCCUGCAGCUCACCGCAGGCCUGAUGGGGCUGCCGUCCGACGCUAACCUGGCCGCAAGUAACCUCGCUGCCAUGUUUCCCAUGAUGCUGUCUGGCAUGGCUGGAUUGCCAAACCUGCUCGGAAUGAGCAGCUUGCUCGGGAAGUCUGCUCAGGAAGGCGCAGGAGGCUCGGAAGAGAAGACAAAGGGAAUCACCAGCGGUGGAACAGGAGAGCCGUCUGCCUCUAAAGCCCCGUCUCACACCUCAGACACCAAAGGAGAAAGGACAGAGGGCUCGAACACGACUCCUUCCUCCACUUCCAGCUCUGCUUCCUCUGCCACCGCCACACAAAGUGCUUCAGCUGCCUCUGCAGCCUCCAGUCACCCACUUUCUCUUAACCCCUUGUUACUCUCCAGUAUGCUUUACCCAGGGAUGCUUCUCACUCCAGGCCUUAACCUUCCUGUGUCCACCACACAGCCGCAGAGCUCAAACAGUGACCCCACCCUUCCAGCUGCUCCGCCUUCAGCCUCCCAGUCAUCAGCGCAGGAGACGGAGCGGCCACAGGCAGAGAAGGAUGGAGAGGAGGAGGAGGACGAGGCAUUAGAAGAGGCUUUGGAUGACGAAGACGAGGAGGAGGAAUCCACAGAACAAAAAGACAACAGUGGUCCUGAAGGUUCAGGGAAAGCCGAGUCAUCUUCAUCAGAAUCUGGGAGCUCUUCCUCAUCCUCAGACGAUUCAGACUCAAGUGAUGAGGACUGAUUCUAUGAAUAUAUAAUUAUAAAUUUAUUUAUGUAUCGCCUAGAAAUGUAUACAUAUAUUCACAUAUAUAUGGAUUUUCCAGCACUUAUGUUGCGAUUUCUUUACAUGUAAAUACAAGAACUAACUACGAUGUUGUGUAAUAAAGAAUACAAAAAUCUAGAAAAAAAACAAAACAUAAAAAAACAACAACAAAAAAAAAAAAAACAGCAAAAACUGACCUAAAAGGAACUGAAGUAAAAUGUCAAUGUUUGUUCACAAGGUACAGUCUUGUUUUGAGACAUUUUGCAUGUCAGACUUUAGUAGAUUUCUGAACUCUGUGAAAUUGUACCACGCGAUUAUGUACAAUUGCAACAAAAAAGGCAUUAUUGUAAUUAUGUCAGGAUUAAUUUUAUUAAAAAAGUGAAACUACAUCAACACGCUCGUUGAGCUGUACUAUUAAUAUAUUUUGAUUGUCGGGGGUGCGGGGAUCGACACUUUGGUUUCUCUUGUAAAUAUUCAGUACUUUUACAGGUUGGUUGACACUUAUGCUUUGCAGAUCAUACGUUGGAUAUGUCAGCAAUAACUUGGGCAGCUAAUGAAUGUCACUGAAGCUGUAGAUUCUCUUUCUCUGCCAUGUUCCACCCCAGUGCACAACUCACACGGCCUCACCAACCUGUCACUUAGCUUCAUAUCACGUUAAAGAGCUUAUUUUUCAUUUUGUUCUGUUUGGAAAAAAAAAAAAAAGAAUUAAUGGGAAGCUCCCUCUUGAAUAGUAUUAUUUUUUUUUUCAAUCAAGCAAACUAAAAUUCUUGAAAGUUGAUUGUGAUUUAUUUCUGUCGUUUUUUUUUUCUUAUCUAAUUUUAGAAACUCUUCGUUUUCACCAUCACCUUACAAACAUGCCACAACAUGUUCAAGGCGCACUUUAGCUACCCGCAUUAGGCGUACACAUUCACUUGCACAUGUCUUGAUCCAGACUAAAAAGCUCCUCCUGCUGGGGUGAUGGAAAACAACCUUCUACUGUGUGCCAAAAAAAACAAAACAAAGAAAAAACAACUGCCCUUUGACCGUUUGUGGUCCUGACAGAGUUGUGGGGUCUCUGGUAGUGGAAGGAUUCUUCAUGAUGGGUAUUAUUAUUACAGCCCCGGCGUAUUUGACUGCAUCUUACCUCAACUUUGCUAAACUGAUUGGCUUCACUGUGCAAAUGUACAUGUGCAUGGGUGCGUUACCUUGCUGUCCACGUACACGACGCCCUCGUCUCUGCUGGAAUGUGUGUCUCGGUGGCCUUUUUUGUUUUUGUUUCGUUUUUUUUACUGAGAGCUUCCACUGUGUUUUGCUCGGCUGGGCUGCUCCUCACACCUGGUAUCUACAGCUUCCAUAACUUUCCAGUCUGAAUGUUAUGUGUUGGAGGGGAGGGAGGGGAGGGGAGGGGAGGGAGGGGGUUCCUCGCUUCAAAUGUGUCUCAUUAGAAAUUUGAAGGAUCUUAAAAGUCCCGUGUUGAGAUUAUGUGUUGCAUGAAAACUUGCUGAACAUAUGUGGCACAAGCACAAAAUAGUUCAAGUCCUGGUUAAAGAUUGUAGUGACUGUCGUCGUCUUUGAGGAUCACAUUUUACGCAGUGCCAGACGGGUUUGCUUACGAAGGGCUUGUGUUGCUUUGCGGGGGGGGUUGUGUGCAGCAUUUGUCUCGUUGUGUUUCGCUUCGUCCUCGACUCUGUCCUGCUGACGGACAGAGCUUCAGCUAGAUGUAGAAGUGCCCUUAUCCUCACUCUCUCAUUCGACCGCUCACAUCUGUGCUCAGUGUCCUCUGCUUGUGCAUUUUCUUCAGCAUCCCUGCACAUGUCCAUUUUAAGCUGUAACCAGGAUACACACAAACACUGGGGUUCACUCGAGCCGAAGUACCUUUUUGUAAUUCUCUCUAGCACAACAGUGCUCGCUCUAGGACUGCUGUUACACAGUGGACUGUUAGAUAUACAAAUGAUUUCCGAGCUGAAGUUCCUGUUUGGGCUGAGGGCGACAGCCCGCUGAAUUAACAGUUUAGUUCUUAAAUAGUUGUAGCAUCGUUCUCUCGUGGGUUCAACCAUGAACACAAAGACUGAAGACACGUCUGAUUUCUAAUGUUGCUUUAAAGUGGUUUUCUUGUAUGCCUGUUCUAUAUAGACCUCGUCAUGGGUUUGCUUGCAAUGCAAUUGCAUUUUUUUUAUUAUUAUUAUUACUAACAGUACGGUAUUUUUCUAUGUCUGAGCAAUGAACUUAAACAUGCCACUGUCAUUUUGUAUAUCUGCACCUCUGCUCUCUUUAAACUUGUAGUGCCCUUAUGCAAACACCCAGCCACUGCUACGUCUGCUGUAGGUGACUGAUCUAAUGACUUUUGCUACUUUUUGUUGCCCCACAGCGAUGGGUCGAUGAAUCGAUGACUGUGCUGAGCCUCUUUAGGACACAAAUGGGGGGAAAAAAAUGUUGACGUAAGAUGGGACUUUAUUUGCUUUCAUUUGCUUUUCUUCUAAUUAUUAUGAUUUUCUUUUGGUUGUACUGUGCGAGGACUCCCAACCCACUGCUAGCGCUACAGAAGCGGUGCUGAAUCUGGGUUAGACGCAGACACAAGUAAACAAUGACCAAUAUGCAAGAGGAACGACAAAACACACUACUGCUGUACAGGGAGGUUUCCUUUCAGUUUUCAUGCUUGUGAUCACUGAGACGACAAAACUAGCAUCAUGGGUUUUGUAUUUUGAUUUCAAGCUUGAUAAUAUUCUAAAUGUCACCCUGGUCAGUUUGUGUCUUUUUUUUUUUUUUUUUCUUUUGUUUUUUUUUUCCUUCUCUAUUUCUUUUUCAUUGGACAGUUGUAAUAUUUGCAAGUUGUGCUCUGUGUAGUCAAUAAUUCUUCAUGUAGUGCAGGAAAACACGUCUUAAAAGUCAUUUGUAAUUUAUUGGAUUACUUUCUAUGAAGUUCUAUAGAGGAAAUUGAGGUUUAAUUAUUUUUAUUAAACAUAUUCUUCUGACUAUCAA